CCAAUCAGAAACCAUGAAUGGUUGAAUGCUUGGCAACGCACGCUUAGACGAGUUCUUACAAUCAGGUGACAAGUAAAGAAAUGUUUUGUCAAUAGCACUAGUCGAUAGUGCACACAGAUCAGAGAAUAUAAUAAAGUACUUCUUUGGGAGUAUCUGGAUCCGGGCACUGUCGGGGCUUCUUCAGCAAAGGUGAAGAAAAUUUAGCAAGGUUUAAAACUGGGGGCAUCUAAAGGCGUGAAAAUUCUCAAAGUAUUGUCACAAGUGUGUUUACAAACGGAUGAGGAGCGUAGGCUGAAGCGAUUACACCAAACUUGUUUCGAUGUAAAGUGUUGAAUAAAUAAAAACCCUUGUCCGUCUGCUAUCCACUUCAAGCUCGAAGACAGCCUCAGUCGGGUCGCCAGACCAGAAUACUCGGACUAACUGGGAGAGUAUGGUGUCUUCUUAUAGGAGAUAUUCCUGUGACUAGAUUUGCGUCUUGCUUAAAUUUCCUUGGAAGAAUUCGGAUGGAAGUAAGCAGUCCGAAGGACAGCUAACAGAGGACGGGGUUCUUAAAUUUUGAGAAAAAUGGCGAAGUCAGAGAGAAAUUUCGAAUAGAUAAACAAGUAUUCUGGAGUAAAACAAAGUGAUGUAGCUUUAGGCCGCGAAAAAUAUAUAACAAAAUAAUUACUCAUCACGGAAACGGACACUGUACGAAUGGAUUAACAGCACUACACAGUAUAGAUGCUUUCCUUGGAAACAUUACAAACGAUAUGCUUAUUUUAAGGUAGCGAAACCAUGAAACAUGAAUCAAAGACUAUUCAUGUGGAUGAGCGACCAAGCUUUGCCGGAAGUUUGGUCACCAUAUUUGCUGGACAAGGAGCCCGAGCAGCUGACAGCAAGACCACAAGAGAGAACCUUCCAGGAAAGAGUAGAGUGGGACGCAUCCUUCUCAAUGACAACCACAGCCAAGACCGGCUCCUGGGAAUGAAGCUUGCGGACAUCCAUCAGAUGCAACGGAAGGCAGAGACCUUCAUAUCGCAUCAACAGAAGACCUUCCUCGCAAAGAUGGAGAAGCGUCAGGAUACUUGGGUUAGGGAGCACAUCAGGUUCUCGAACGGUACCAACCUGAUAAGGCAACCCGAGGAUGACGACGAAGACGUCCCGCCCACCAGAGAAACUUACAAGUCAUUUCUUGAGGGUGGUGAACGUCAAGGGGUCGAUUCAUCAGAUGCUACGAAAGGAGACGAUGGAACUCUCCCCGCAAUAACGUAUCUUACAGAAGGAACAGAUAAUUCGAAUUCAACAAAGAAUGUUGGAAACGGUGCAACAAUCUUCUUAAAAGAACCUGACGUCACCGAUCGAACACCGAAUAAAGGAUUUGUAGGUCUACCCCCAAUCACACAAGCAAAGAAAUCUGGAUUUGCCCCAUCUGGAAAUGUCGAUGAUGUGUUCGAUGAUAUGGCCUUCAAGCGAAGUGCCCGAAAAUGGCCACCAGUUAAGAGUGCAGAGGAUGGGACAGGAAGUUUACCAGUUAUAGAUCUUAAUGAUCCAAGAACAGGUACCGCUGGAAAGGAAUCUAAAAUGAGUGCAAUAGAAGAACUGGAAGAAUUUCCAGAAAAAUGUAGCCCCACACCAAAGUUCCUCUUAUCAAGAUCCCUACCCUUGAUGCAGUUGGAAGAACCUCAAUCUCGGAAGCUACGAGCCCGUAGAGAACAUCAACCAAAGAUCCGACGGAAGAGAUCGAGGAACAUGAGUGCAAGGGUGAUCGAGAAUGACAACCCUUUAUCGGAUGACAGGUUUGUCAAGCUGCAUGCACUCUUGGCCAGUGAAGUAGUUGCUGAUCAUGAGACGAGGGAAUUGUCGGCAAUUGCGCGAGGGUUCCUUGCCGCAAAAAGGUUUGGACAAGGUUGGAAGAAGUAGGUACCAGAAGUAUCACUAUACAAACAGACAAAGAGUAAAUGAAUCCAAUAUUUGAAUUUCCUUAUGGUAUCUUUUAUCAUUGUUCUGAUUUUUAACAAACCUUUCUUGGUCUGCUUAUGAAAAUUUCGUAAUACUCUAGGUUUACCCGGACCAAUAUUUCAGUCCACCUGGGAACGGGUAGUCCACGCAUAGUGAUAUCUAAUAUGUAAUGCACCAAACCAUCCCAGGGCCCCGUUUCAUACAAGUUUCUACUAUGGUAAAUUUGCCGUCCGAUGGUAACUACCAUGGUAACGCUGAUCAAUAGCCAAUCAAAAUCAAGGAUUUCGUGCAAGUAUUGGAUGGCAGAGCUACCAUAAUGAUAACUUUUAUGCAACGGGGCCCAGACUGUCCGGGAAGGGAGACACCACAUGUUACUUUCAUAUUUGGUUUCUAAACCCAAAUUCUGGUUAAAAAAAACAGUAAUAAUAUUUAGCUUGUAUUUGCUUUUGACCGAUGAAAUAUAAUACUUUACAGUUCUAGGCCCGUAACACACACAUACGACAAUGGUUACAAAGUGAAUUUGCUGGCUUAACUGUGAUUUCAUAAUAUUUAGUGAUUUAGUAACUUAAAAAAACCCGGGCACAGCAAGUAACGAGCUAUAUUAUGCUACUCGUGAUCUACAUGUAAAAGAAGUAGCAGCCUUCUCUACUCUAUGGAAUCUAUUUUUACCCGAUUUAUCCUUUGGUUUUUAAGAGGAAUAAAAAGAUUAAUUAUUUCGAAAUGAACAUUGCACUGUACAAAGCAUUUUCAUACAUCACUUAUUAUAUCAAAGACAUUAAGAGUGCAGUUAGAAUCACAACACCGUUUUUGCAAAGGUUGCGGUUAUAUUGGUUUACAUUGGCAUAUUCUUGACAAUUCCAAGUCCAUCCCAACAAAAACUUGAUUUGAAUAAAAAGAGAAAAAUUCAUCAAGCAUAACACUGAAAAUUUCA